CUAUCAUGAUAUCAUCCAUGGGGAAAGAAAAUUUAGCACUGGGGCUUUGGGCGGGCCUCGGAGCGGGAGAUUCGAGACUCGCGAGGGAGAUCGAAAGUCACAGCUACUUUUUCCUUUCUUAUAGUAUCUCUCUUUCUUCCUCUCUAUCUCUUCCAAGUUCCAACUGAGAAGAAAGACCAUAGAGAAAGAAAAAAAAUGGAGAAACAGACAGAAGAAACGAAGAAACUGAGAAAAGAGACGACGAUGAGUAUGUCUUAUACCAGGACGGCAUUUCCCAAUCUCCCAACUGAAAUGAAGGAUAAAAUCUUGUUGAGUCUACCUGUGAAGACUCUCUUUCGAUUCAGGUGCGUAAUCAGAGAUUACUUACGAUUCCAUAACCCUAAUUUUAUUAAGAUGCACUUGAACCGACAGUUUGAAAUGGAGAAUACCUCUACUACUACUGUUAUCGUUGCAACUGCAUAUAACAUAUAUAAAGUAGAUAUUCACUCACCUCGCAAACCUCCAAUCCGACUCGAUGUACCUUUCCAGAAACCUACCACUACAAGGCAAAUGAAAUUGGUAGGUUCUUGCAAUGGGUUGUUGUGCUUAACCUUUAAGUAUUGUCACACAUACACUGUGUAUUUGUUGAAUCCUACUACAAGAAAGUUCAAGCAAUUGCCGCCACAUAAUGAUACUAUAGCUAGAAAAUUAUGUAGUAGCCCUUUUUUAGGGUUUGGUUAUGAUCAUAUUUCUGGUAAAUUUAAGGUCUUGGCAGAAAGGAGGACUGGCCUCAAUAAAUAUGAAGCUAUUGUGUACACAAUGGGGACAAGUACUACUUGGAGAAGCAUUGGAGAAGUUCAGUAUCCUCUUCGGGACGAAAAAUCUCAGGUGUUUGGAGGUUGUCCACAUUGGAUUUUGACUUAUUUGAAGUCUGAUUUGAAUCCCGUUAUUGUUUCAUUUAAUGUUGGAAAUGAGAAGUUCAAGGAAAUUCCAUUGCCCCCCAUUGAUUAUUCUGCAAGAUCAGUGCGCUUGACUGCAUUGGGAGGCCGUCUUUCUAUGUUUUAUGGUGGAUUUGAGCAAGAACGGUAUGAAUUAUGGGUGAAAAUGGAUGAUGGAUUGGAGAAUACUACUACUUGGACCAAACAGCUCUCCAUUAAUUUCUCAGAUAUUAAUGGAUACAACAGACUUAUAAAUCCAUGGGGCUUCAAGAACGGUAAGGUUUUACUGGGAUGUGACGGCACUCUAGAUUUAUUUAACCCAGUAAACGGUAAGGUUAGAGCUCUAAAUCUUCUUGGUAAAGCCAAGUAUUUUGAAGUUUAUUCCUAUAUUGAGGCCCUCGGAAUGCUCACGAUGAAGACGAAAAGUUUGUGCACCGGAGCUCUUAAAAUGGAGUAAUGAAGGAUAGGUGAGGAUGUUGAUUUUCUGUUGCCCGUGUUACCAGUAGCAAAUGAAUUUUUAAUUAAUUAGGUCUAUGGUAUUUUUUUUUUGGUAAGAGUUCUAUGGUACUUGAAACUGGAAGAUUCUAGGGAAUGAGCUGCCUAGGGAAAUUAAGAGGUUCUUGCCUCAUAGAUAGAUCUGAUAUUGAACAUUAGACUUUGAUGUGGGUUUUGUAUUUCAUUCUCUCUUGAUGUUUUUGCUUGCUUCUUUCUUAUUGUCUUUGUA